CAGGGAGGCCUUCCUGGCUCUGACCCUGUCCUUUCACCUGGGGAGAGGGGUUGAGCCGGGCCUGUCCUUCAGCAGCAGCCCCAGCUUGACUGAUGUCAACCAUCUCUCCAGAUUCCCUCAAAGACCCUGGGAGGCAGGAAUUACCCUCAUUUUGCAAAUGAGGCAACUGAGGCUCUUGAACUGACUUCCUGAAAGGUUUGGAUCCAAAGCUCCCUCAGAUCAGUGGCUGUGACUAUUCCCCUCAGAUAGGGCAGCCCCCAGGCCAGGGGCUACGUCUCCUCCCACAGACUUGGAAUAAUCCCAAGAGACCUGGGGGGCUCCCUCAGGUCAGAGGCUGAUUCGCCCCCCCCACCGCCCAGCCUGGGGGGCUCCCUCAGGGCCACAUUGUAGGGGGUAGGGAAGGGUGUCCCCCGCAUCUCUCCACCCUCUCCCUGGGACCCAAGAAUGCUGGGUGCGGGGCCAGACCAGCCCCAGGCUCUGGGCCUGUGAAGCCUUGUUCCAGGCCCUUUCUGGCUCCCAGGGCUGCGUUCUCCGGACUCCCCCCAAGAAUGAGCUCAGCCACCUAAUUGUGAUUGAGAAUGGAGGAUCACCCUACCCCGGGGUUGAGCUUCCAAUACCACCUUUGUCUAACAGACAAUGGGCUGCUAAGAAGCCGUUGUGCCCAGUCCAGGGUCGGGAUGCCUCGGUGUGUCCAGCCUGAGCCCCGGGCCCUGGGCAACUGGUACAGAGGCAAAUUACAUGGCUGGGGUUUUGGCUCUGACUUCAAGAGCCAGGGACCCAGCCGCCCUUUAGCCUGGCUAUAAAGGGCUGUAAAGGGCUCCCUGGGGUCUCUGUGCAAACCAGACCCUGCGCCUGACUUGUGGACACCAUGGCCGCCCCCACCACCAGCAUCUACCGGCUCUCCACCUCCGGCUCUGUCAAGGGCCUGUGUGUGUCUGGUCAGGGGUUUCUCUCGAUGUCUUCCAUCCGUUUUGGGGGUGCCUGCCAGUCCCCCAGCCUCCGGGGAGCCAGCAGCUCUGGCAACAUGUCUGUGUCCUCGUCCCACUUCUCCGUGGGCAUGGGGGGCAGCUAUGGCAGGGGCUGCUUCUGCAGCCUGGAUGGGGGCUUUGGCUCCAGCUUUGGGGUGGCAGACGCCCUGCUGGGGGGCAGUGAGAAGGAGACCAUGCAGAACCUCAACGACCGCCUGGCCUCCUGCCUGGACAAGGUGCGUGCUCUGGAGGAGGCUAAUGCUGACCUGGAGGUGAAGAUCCACGACUGGUACAAGAAGCAGGGCCCCGGGCCCGCCCUCGACUACAGCCACUACGUCAAGACCAUCGAGGACCUGUGGAGCAAAAUCCUGGCGGCUGCCAUCGACAAGGCCACCUUGGUGCUGCAGAUCGAUAAUGCCUGCCUGGCAGCCGAUGACUUCCACACCAAAUAUAAGAAGGAGCUGAACCUGCGGAUGAGCGUGGAGGCCGACAUCAACGGCCUGUGCAGGGUGCUGGAUGAGCUGACCCUGGCCAGAGCUGACCUGGAGAUGCAGAUUGAGAACCUCAAGGAGGAGCUGGCCUGCCUCCGGAAGAGGCCAGCUCGGGAAGUGAACGCCCUGCGAGGCCAGGUUGGUGGUGAGAUCAACGUGGAGAUGGACGCCGCCCCCGGUGUGGACCUGGGCCACAUCCUGAGCGAGACGCGUGACCAGUGCGAGAAGGUCACGGAGAAGACCCGCAAGGACGCCGAGGACUGGUUCUUCAACAAGGUGUGUGGCCUGCGUGAGCAGGUGCACACACAGAUCCAGAUCCAGAUCCAGAUCCCACUAGGGGUUCUCCCAGCCCGGGCAUUCACGGACGAGCUGAACCGUGAGGUGGCCACCAACACCGAGGCCCUGCCGAGCAGCCGGACGGAGAUCAUGGAGCCACGCCGCACCGUGCAGAACCUGGAGAUCGAGCUGCAGUCCCAGCUCAGCAUGCCACCUCCACCUUGA